AUGAUGGUGGCUGCCGUGUUGGCCGAAGGAAGCACAAGGGCUGGGAUACUACCAGGUUACCCAAGCCUAGGAAGGAUCAUGCAUUAUCAACCUUCUGGUAUCUUCUCGUGGCAAAAUGAGAAAGGAGAUAUGUUAGCGGCGUUCAGUGCUGCCUGUUCGACUUCUCCGAUUCGACCACAGGACCAUUGGAUGUCGUCGAGAUCUCUGCCCAUGAUUGAUGCCGGGGAAUCCAUACCAGCAGGCUACAAGUACGACGGCGCAUUCAAACCCCCCAGACGCCAAAUAGGGAAGAGCCUAUGGAAAGACCUGGGAAAGCAACGGUCAGCGAAACGAAAAGUUAAAAAGAUGGCUCAUCAAUUCACUCGCAAAAACGCCGACUGGAAAUAUGGGCGGAACACCUUGAAGAACAGUUCAGCUGGACUCCUGCAACACAGCCUGUAG